GAAUCAUUCACGUGAGUGUCCAUUGAUGUAACGAUUUUUUUUAUGAACCCUCUUACUUAGGUCAUUGUACUUCACCACGAUCCUUAGACCGUAGGAUUCGUUGUGUUCUGAGAAUUCCGAAUACAUUGAACAGAAUUAUGGCGAGUGCUUUUCCAGAAGAAGACUUGGACGAAUCCUGUGACAACUGUGGAGAAGACCGGGUUUGUUAUUGUCUGAAAUGUAUGCUUAGUUUAUGUAAGAAGUGCAAGGACAGUCAUGCUCACUCGGAAGAAGGCCAUGACAUUCUGGACCUGCCGCCAUUGGAGCAAAACAUGCCCAUGUGUGUGCAGCACAAUGAUAGAGAGAGCACGUUGUACUGCUGGGGGUGUCAGGUCCCUACGUGUGAGGAGUGCGCGCGGGAAAAUCACCUAAAUGAGGGUCAUGAUGUUGUCGAAAUGACAACGGCUGCUCUCAUCAAGCGGAACCAGCUUAUAAGAGACUUUGCUGAGGAAAAGAACAAACUAACGCCUCAAUUGCAGAGUCAGGUUAAGAAUAUUGAAGAAGGUGUGGAAGCUUACAAAGCGUAUUUUCAAAAUCUAAAAGAUGCCAUGACAGCUCAAGCAGAAAAACUAAAACAAAUGGUGAAUGAAGUUGUCGAAGAACGACAGAGGGAAUUGAAAGAAAUGGAAAAGAAUAGUGCCAUUAUUUUACAAGAACAAAGACAGAAAUUGGAAGAUCAUGUUGCUGAAAUUCAUGACACUAUCAACGAAUAUCGCGAAACCGAACAAUCCGGCGAUCCCGAGAAAAUCAAAGAGUUUGCUGAUAAAAACAUGGACAAGAUUUCACGACUGAAGCAGUUUCCAGAGAUGGUUAAGGUCACACCUCCAACUUAUGAAUCUGCCAAAGUUGACGUUGACUUUAUCAGAGAAAUGUUUGGAACAUUGGUCUUCAAGGAACACACUUGGUCCACUGAUGAACGUUUGAAAAUACCAGACCCUGAAGAACUUAUCCAGCUUCCCACAAUUGAAAAAGAGGAAGUCCGCAAGAAAUUUGGCACUUUGGUUGUGACUGAAGCGGAACCGACCGAAGAAGAUCCUCAGGAAAAUCAAAGGACAGAAGAAACGGACCCGCAAGUAGAAGAAUCUGAAGGAGAUCAAGAGUUCUCAGAGUCUGUGAUAUCUGAUCAUGAAGACAUUCCUGGAGAAACCGACGAAACUAAAGAUAUAAAAAAGAAUGCAUCAGACUCGGAAUAGAACACAAUGUGAAUUGACACAUUUUGUCAUGUCUACAUCUUAUCAAAACUUUUUCAUACAGAAUAUUUAUAAAGAAGUUUUAGUAA